GAGCUGAAGUGGGGUGUCUGGUGGAAAACAUGGCGCUGGAUCUGGCUCCUAAAUAUCUGGACCUAGGGCUCCACCUGCCGAGAGGAAACACGCAGGGGUUCCCAAAGUUUCCCAGCGGGGACGGGUUCCGCCCGUUGAUUAUUAAGACCCCACCCACACAACGCGGACUCGGUCUCAUUCAAACAGCUGCAACGCGACAUAUGGCUGUGCGUGAUUUUCGAUUUGGCUCGGGGUGCAUGGAAACCGUUUUGAUUCGCCUCUGGUCGUUGACGUAUUUUGAGCUAAUGAAAUAGAACAAAGGAGUAUUUAAUUAUUAUAUGCGCGGAAACCAUUAAACGACGUGUUACGGCCGUAGCUUAAGACCCAUAAAAUGAAUAUCACAAUUCAUCUUAAAACAGGAGUCUGCUGGAAAACCAGGCCAGUAAAACCUUAAACGAAAGCUGGAAUUUAAACAUAAAAAUAUGUUUUUCCGCUGCGUGCGAGCGCUGAAACCCAGCGUUCACCGUCCUCGCCGGUGAACUUCAGUACUGGUCCUAUCAUCUCUCAUUGGGUGAACUGGCACGGGCGCCGUCUAGUCAGCGGGCCUCGCUGAAACGCAUUACGGGAUUACCUCAGGCUACGUGGUCGGGGAUGAGCCGCGUGCGCCUCAAGAUCAGAGGGUGACAUGCGCACUGCGCGGCGCUCUCACCAGGCGCGGACGCGGCGCCCGGGAAUAAGAAAGCGCUCCGGCUGCUUCUUGGCGCCUGCCCGUCGUUCAGGGGGGCCUGUUAUGACUCGUCCCGCCGGCAAAGACACACUCGCGGUCUUCGGUGGAGGUUCAUUCGCCCUGCGCACCGGAUGCGCCGCCGUUGACGCUCAGCGGGGACCUGUUGAUCGUGCGCCGGCGCUGCGAUGGAGGUGCCGAACGGAGAAGAAUGACGCGUGACUAGGUCAAAAGGUCACGGCAACGAUUCAUCUGAGCUCCCUGUCAGACGGCGAUGGAAAUCAUGGACACGCAGCGUGCGCUGGAGGCCGUGGAGCGGCUGCAGGCCAAGCUGCGGGAGCGAGGGGAGGCCCCGGCGCGGGAGAAGCUGUCGCUGCUGAGGACCGUGCUGCAGAGCCCCCUGUUCCACCACAUCCUCAGCCUGCAGCAGGCGCAGCGGAAGCCCCCGGUCAAGGGGAAAGGCCUUUCCAAGUCCGUGUCCAUGAACUGCGGCCCCUGCCUGGGAAUGGCCCUGGGUCUGAAGGCGCUGAGCCACAGUGACUCCUACACGUGGGCCAUGGAGAACCACGGCUCCAGUAUUUCCAGGUCCUUGAACAGAGACGGCAGCGCCUCCUCUCUGGGCUCGCAGGAUCUGUGCUUCUCCGACAGCUACCCAGACAGCUGCAUUCACACCGAGUCGCAGUACUGCACUCCCCCUCGAAUCACUCGCACCAUGUCCAUGGGGAGGAACCUGUCCGCUAUUGCUCACGAGAGGCGCCACGUGGAGAUGAUAGAGCUGAGCAACGACGGGAAGGGGCUCGGCUUUGGCAUCAUCGGAGGCCGGAGCACCGGAGUCAUGGUCAAGACCAUCCUCCCCGGAGGCGCCGCCGGGCGGGACAAACGCCUGCGUAGCGGCGAUCAGAUUCUGCGCAUCGGAGAUACAGACCUGGCUGGAAUGAACAGCGAGCAGGUGGCACAGGUGCUGCGCAACGCUGGUAGCAGGGUGAAGCUGCUCAUCGCCAGGGAAGUCACCAAGGACAACCACCUCUCCUCCCCCGCGCUCCACCAGGACGGCAGCGACGGGAAGCUCGACGACUUGAACGAUGACUAUGAGUUCAGCGUGCAGUUCACUAAAAACAGCCGUGGCCUGGGGUUCACCAUCUCCAGCUACAUAGGAGACUUGAACUCUGUCUACAGCGCCGGCGUCGUAGUGAAGAGCAUCGUGAGGGGCAGCAGCGUCGAUCAGGACGGCCGCAUUCACAUCGGCGACAUCGUUCUCUCCGUGGACGGCGUGAGUCUGCAGGGCUGCAGCGAGCAGAGGGCCAUGGAGGUGCUGAGGAGAACCGGGUCCCUGGUCCGACUCCGGCUGCUGAGGAAGGCCGUGCGUCUCAGCCACAUCCUGCCGCCGGUUCCGCCGCUGCAGCCGCUGCGGCACUCCCACAGCUUCCACGAGGGCAAUCCGUACAAAGUGUCCCUGAACAAGAUUCAAGAGACAGGAAUCUGCUCCCUGCGCGAAAUCUCUCGACGGGCGGCGUGCGCCCACAGACGUCCCUGGCGCGAUUCCAGAAAUGGUGUAAAACUGACACCAGCUGAGGAGGAAGAUCUGAGGAAGAGGUGGCAGCAUGCAGUUGGCCCCCGAUAUGAAGUCAUAGUGUGUCAGCUGGAGCGUUUCAGCGAGACCAGCGGCCUUGGCAUCAGUCUGGAGGCUCGGGCCGGACAUCACUACCUCUGCUCUGUCUUACCUGAGGGGCCCGUCGGACAAAGUGGCCAGAUCUUCACCGGGGACCAGGUGUUGGAGGUGAAUGGCACCCCUCUCAUUGGAGAGUCGCAUAAGGAGGUGGUGAACAUACUGAAGGAGCUGCCGGUGCACGUCUGCCUGGUGUGCUGCCACAUCGUCCCCCCGUCAGUGCUCGACAGCGAUGAGGAAGACGACGACGAGGCCGGCCUCACCCUCAAGGAGCUGCUGGCUGAGUUCAACGACAAGUUGGACCAGGGCUGUGUCAUUCCCUGCCCUACGGCGGAGGACAUCACCAAGCGCGGCGUGCCCCCCAUGUCGCCUCCUCUGGCCAUGUGGGAGAAGGAGGCUCAGGCGGUGGAGCUGGAGAAGGGCGAGUCGGGCCUGGGCUUCAGCAUCCUGGACUACCAGGAUCCAGAGGACGCCACUAAGACGGUUCUGGUGAUCCGGUCCUUAGUGCCUGGAGGUGUCGCGGACCGAGACGGCCGCCUGCUCCCCGGGGACCGACUCAUGUUUGUUAACGAAACCGACCUGGAGGGUUCCAGCCUGGAUUACGCCAUCCACGUCCUGAAGUCCACCGGCUACGGCCCCGUCCACAUCGGCGUUGCCAAACCUCUGCCGCUGGAACUGUGCGGCGGCCUGACGCCCAUCUCGGAGCGGAGCACCCGGGCCUCCUGCGACGACAAUGACAGCCACACUCAGGUCAGCCUGCUAGCGGAGGCGGCCGAUGCUAACAGGGUCGUCCAGCCGUGUCACACCAGGACGGACAACCAGCUGCGCAGCCGCUUCAGCAUCAUGGAGGAUGACGUCAGGCCACGGGCCCCGCCUCUGCCCGCCCGCACCAGCUUCGAGAGGACAAUCACUGUUGUCCGGGGCAACCGUAGCCUUGGGAUGUCGGUGAGUGCUAUCAAGGACGGCUCAGGCAUGCUGGUGCGCAGCGUGGUCCAGGGGGGCUCUGUGAGUCAGGAUGGCAGGCUGGGGGUGGGGGACGCCAUCUUGGCCAUCGACGGAGAGCCCGCCUCCAACCUGAGCAACGCCAGGGCCCGGGCCAUGCUCCGCAGACACUCUGUGCUGGGGCCAGAGAUGAGCGUCACCUAUGUCCCAGCACAUCUGGUGGACGAGCACCGCGCUCGCGUCUCUCUGCCUCCUCUGGCGUCCGUGGAAGCGGCCAGUGCCUCCCCCUCGCCCACUCCACCCACCCCCUCUCCAGAACCUCCGUCGGGCCCGGCCAGGUCUCCCGGUCCGGUCAGAGCCGCAGCUCCGGCUCCGUCGUCAUCCACCCUUAAACCGCCCGCAUUUCCAGCUGCAGCUCCAGAUGGGGCCGCGUCGCCCUGUGCUCCAUUCAAAGGACCACCCGCGGUCUCCAGCGCCCCCCCUGCCCCCGACAUAAGUUGGAAGAUUCCUAAAUAUCUACCUCAAAAGUACAUGGGAGGAAGGAAAGAAGCCGGCAGCGAGGAGAUGAAGAAGGACAAGAUUAGCGCAGAUUUGAAAGUGCCGAAGCUGGAGGUGGAGAUAAAGGUGGACGGCAAAGAGGAGGGGAGUGAAGAGCGUCUCCCUCCGGCCGCUGUGUUGUGGGAUCAGCCCAGAAGUGUGCUGCUGACUCGAGCUCCGGGACAGUCUCUGGGACUCAGCAUAAUGGGAGGCAGAGGCAUGGGCCGGAGACUGAGCACUGGAGAGAUGAUGAGGGGAGUCUUCAUCAAGCACAUCAGCCCUGACAGCCCGGCAGCGCAUAAUGGCACCCUUCGGGCUGGAGACAGGAUACUAGAGGUGUGUGGCGUGGACCUCAGAGAUGCCAGCCACGAACAGGCAGUGGAGGCCAUCCGCACCGCUGGAGACUCCCUGGUCUUCCUGGUUCAGACAGGAAACCCUGGUCCUCAGUGUCCUCUGCUCACCAACCAUGGGAGGCUGACUCCAUCCCCAACACCGCAGCCCAGCGCACACGGCAGCAAGGACGCAGAGACCCUCAGUGGUCUGUUCCUCUCCCCCACCAACCCCUUCACUCCCACUCCCUUUAAGGUGCCGUCGCCAAAGCUCGAGAGGAAAGGCCGGAGGAGCCCCGCGACCGCCCCGACGCCGGUCACAGCAGGAGGCGAGGACGCGGGCGACGCGGGCCGGAGUAAGAUGCUCCAGCGCUACGGCAGCCUGUCCGGGAAGCUCCACAUGAUCGAGCUGGAGAAGGACCCCGCCGUUCCCGGCCUGGGCAUCAGUCUCACCGGCAACAAGGAUGGCUCCAGGGCACGGAUGAGCGUCUGUGUGGCAGAUAUAGAUCCGCAAGGGCCUGCCGGUUUGGAUGGGAGGAUACGGCCUGGAGACGAGCUACUGGAGAUCAAUGGGCAAAUCUUAUACGGCCGCAGCCACCACAACGCCUCCGCCAUCAUUAAUAAUGCUCCGUCCCGAGUCAAGAUCAUCCUCAUCAGGAACGGUGCGGCCCUGGGUCACAUGGCGCAGCGCGAGGACCCCGACCCCCAGAGAGACUCUGCAGAGCAGCGUAUCGUCCUACCGCAGGACGGCGUCGGCCUCGGCCUCCUGCUGGCGGACGGCGGCUGCAAGGGUCAAGCGGUGGUCAGGUCUGUGACGCCGCACGGCACGGCCAGUAAGGACGGCACAAUGAAGGUUGGAGACCGAAUUGUGGGAGUGGCCGACGAACCCGCGGCCGGACUCUCGGCGGACAAGGUGUCCCCUUUGAUUCUCAAGCAUCAAGUCACUGUCAAACACUCCGUCGGCCGGUCCAAGACUCUCCCCGCCUCCCCUCCGACUCUGCCUCGUCCUCCCGCUCCCCCUCAAACCCUCCCUGCUGCCUCCCCCUCCUCCCCCCUCACCGUGCAGACCUCUCCCCCGGGAGGCCCUGAUUGGUUGGCAGACGCACCCACAGCUUGGGACUAUCUGAGCUGCCCGAUAGCCGUCGGCGGAGAAACGACCAUAGAGAUCCGUAAAGAAAACAUAGGACUGGGCCUCAGCAUCGUAGGAGGAUGUGACACUCUGCUGGGGGCAGUAAUAAUACACGAAGUAAAUGAUGGCGGAGCUGCUCAAAGAGAUGGAAGACUACAGGCUGGAGACCAGAUAUUAGAGGUUAACGGCAUAAACCUGCGGCAGGCCACUCACGACGAAGCUAUCGGCGUGCUGCGUCUCACCACCCAGCGCGUCCGCCUCUGUGUCUUCAGGCACCAGGACGCCUACCGGGAGGAGGACCUGUGGGACGUCUUCACCCUGGAGCUCAGACCUCGUCCCGGAGAGGGCCUGGGCUUCGCCACCGUGGGCAAAAGUAAUGACACGGGCAUCUUUGUGUCGGACAUCGUCAGAGGAGGCGUGGUGGAUUCAGACGGAAGGUUGUUGCUAGGUGACCAGAUCCUGUCCAUCAACGGGGAGGACGUCCGGGCGGCAUCACAGGAACAUGCACAGAAACUUUUGCAGAGCUGCAGCGGAGCCGUCCACCUGGAGGUGGCUCGUUUUAAAGCCGGGGUGCAGUGCUCACAGCGGAGCCAGGUAACAUCAGCAACUAUAAACCCAGCUCAUUUGUGUACAGUAAGUGAAGACUCUGACUGUUCCACCCUGACCCCCUUAAGCGGAUGUGAUGCCUCUCAUGGCCACCAGGCGGAGACAGACCACAGAACUGGGAGCUACACAUUUCAAGACAACCCCGACAUUAGAAAAGUAGUCAUAAAUAAGGGUCCAUGUGACUCCCUGGGCAUCAGUGUAGCAGGAGGAGUGGGUAGUCCCCAUGGCAACGUGCCUCUUUUUAUAGCUGCCAUGGAUACCAAUGGACUGGCUGCCAAAACACAGCAAUUACAGGCGGGAGACAGGAUCCUUAGCGUUAACGGCGUGCUGACGGAGGGAAUGACGCACGCCGAGGCCGGCGUGCUGCUGACCAGCGCCAGCGGCAGCGUCAGCCUGAGGGUGGCGUCCGGUUCUGGUCCGCAGGAGCACGAGCAGGCGCCGGAGCCGCCCUGCAGCCUGCCCUGCUUCCACAACAACCUGUGCGCUCGCAUGUACAAGACCGUCACCCUGGACAGAGGCUCCUCAGGCCUGGGCUUCAGCAUCGUGGGAGGCUUCGGCAGCCCCCACGGAGACCUGCCCAUCUAUAUCAAAACCGUCUUCAGCAAGGGCGCAGCCGUGGAGGACGGCCGGCUGAAGCCCGGAGACCAGAUCAUCGCCGUGAACGGACACUGCCUGGAGGGCGUGACCCACGCCGAGGCCGUGGAGGUUCUGAAGAGGACCCGGGGAACCGUGGUCCUCACCGUGCUCUCCUGAGCCACGGCCUGCUGGGACCCGCACCAGUGUCCCGUAGUCCGACUGAUUCAUAGAGACGAUUUAGUUUAGUCCCACUUGCAGAUACAGGAUAAACUCACACGCGAUAUUAGGUCUGAAGGUGGAACCUCUUCACAGUCUGCUGGUUCUUCAUCCGUCUCACACCCUGACCCUCCACAUGCCAAGUGCUUCUGCCAAUCUUCCGUGUGGCAAUCAGCUUUUCAGGACGUCAUCUCGACUUUGCUCCCUCGUUGUUAGAGUCUAAUGGUUAAAUGGGUAAAUGUGUCAUGCUUGUGUUAGUGUUUAGGGCGUUGCAUUAUAUGUAUUGCCACCUGCUUCAAUGUGCUGUCUUAUGUUAAACAGGUAAACUUAAAGGAACGAGCCCACAUCUGUCAAAGCAGCUGCUAUCACCAGUUACUUCAGCUUCGUGAUUGAUUGAUUUAAUUUAUGGCUGUUUUCAUUAUCUCAGUAGCAAUAAAUUAUGUGCAUUUCUUAUUUUAUUUAGAAACCUUCUCCUGUUUUAUAUGACUUUAUUUAUACUGUGACAUUGAUGUUUCGUUCGUUUCUUUCACGGUACAGUAUGUGAGUAGUCCUCAGAGCCGCUCUGGCCUUGUGUGACGUGUACAACUGAAUGUACUGUGAGUGAUCUGAUUAAAUUUCCAUUUAUUAGA